AUGAAAACUGAUUAUUAUGAACUUCUUGGAGUAUCUGAGUGUGCUACUCUUGCAGAGCUGAAAAGAGGAUUUAGGAAGCAAGCGCUAAAACUUCAUCCAGAUAAAAAUCCCAGUGCAGAUGCCGCUACUCUUUUUAAUGAAGUCAGAACUGCAUAUGAGACAUUAACGGAUUCUCAAGAACGAUCAUGGUAUGAUUCCCACAAAUAUCAAAUAUUAGCUGAAGAUGAUGAUAUUAAUAGCAAUAACAAUGAGUUCGAUGAGAAAGAUGAUGCCGAAUAUUACUAUAAUGGGACCACCGUUGAAGAUAUAAAAAAGUACUUCAGCAAUAAUUUGUACAAUAGGAUAGAUGACUCCGUACAAGGUUUUUAUCAGGUAGUCAAUGUUUUAACGACUAAAAUUGCUAGCGAGGAAGUUACCUCCGGAAAAAAGCAGAUGUUGCCAAAUUUUGGUAAGUACAAGGAUGAUAGUGUCUAUAGCAAUGCCUGUGAUCCUGAUCUCCUCUUGUUUCCUCGUUUUGGGAAUUCAAAAGCUAAUUAUGGUACAGAGGUUCGUCUAUUUUACAAAGUUUGGAGUAAUUUCCAAUCGGUCAAAACAUUCAGUUGGACCGAUGAAUAUAGAUAUUCAACGGCCCCCGAUAGGAGAACUAUGCGGAGUAUGCAAAGGGAAAACAAAAAGGUACGCCAAAAGUCAAGGAAAGAAUAUAAUGAAACUAUCCGUCGAUGGGUCGCCUUUAUUAAAAGAAAAGAUCCAAGAGUUAAUGCGAAGGCUCAGAAAGAAUACGAACAAUUACGUAUAAAGAAAAGGCAGGAUGCUUUGAAGCAGCAGGCACAAAAUCGAAAAAGGCAAAGAAACCAUGAAACAGAGGAGUAUGAGGAGCAGGAUUGGCAGCAAAUAGAUGCUGAUGAGCUGGCUCAGAUUGAACAAGAACUUGAUAAAAUAUACAAGGAAGAGGAACGAUUAAAAGGAGAAGAUUCAGAUAGUGAUCAAGAUAAGAGCAAUGACAUAUUUGAAUGCAUAGUGUGCAAUAAGACUUUCAAAAGUGUGCAAAAAUUUGCUGAGCAUGAGCGAUCAAGAAAGCAUAAGAAAAAGCUUAAAAAGCUGAAAUGGCAGAUGAGAAAAGAGGGUGUAGAAUUAGGAAUAGAUGAAGAUAAUUUUGUUAAGGAAGAAGAAGUGGUACAAGAAUUUCAAGAUGCAGUAGAGGAUCCGGAUGAUCUACCUACUGAUGAAAAUAAUGGCAACUUUCAAAAUUCCAACAAAAUUAAGGCGGAUCAUUUAAACCAGUUGCAAAACAAUCAUUCCGCAGAGAACAAUUAUUCAGGUCAGAGUGAAAGUGAGAUCAAAAAUAGAACAAGAAAUAAAACUUCAAAGCAAGAUCAAGAAGAAGUACACGACUUGUUUGUGAAUGCACGUAAUGCGAACAAGGCACCGAAAGUUGCAGAGUACCAACAUCAUAAUAAUAGACAUAAAGAUAAGCAACUGCAGGAACUUACAGAAAUAUUAAAUGAGGUAUCUUUGGAACCGAAGAAAAGCAGUGAAGAUGAUUGGGGAACUGGUAAAAAGAAGAAGAGGGGAAGAAGAAAAGCAAAGAAGGGAAAUAAAGCGGAAAGUAAAAACAACAAUGCUUCAACCUCGGUUCCAAAAGGGUCCUCAAGUGUUGCGAAAUGUGCUGUGUGUGAUUUGAAAUUCAGUAGUAGAAACAAACUCUUCGAGCACAUUAAUAACACCGGUCAUGCUGUACCUCUCACUAAAAAACGCGGAUGA